UGGGAUAACACUACUUAACUUUAAAGCAGUGUUAUAUACAAAUGAACUAUCUCCCCCUAAAAUGAAACGGAAAAAUUAAUGCAAUGAGCAGGAUUCAUGAUUUAAGGUAGAAAUGAACAGGAUUCAUUUAGGUAGAAGUGAGCAGGAUUCAUGAUUUUAAGUAGAAAUUUUUCCAGCCUUUUUUUGGCUGUUUCCCGCUUUUUCUCAAAAAUUUUGUGCAUGAUGCGAAAAUUUAAGUUUUUACUGAUCUGUUUUUGUUUGGUCCGAAUCUCUGCGUGUUUUGGUCAUGCCCCUUUGUCGACAGAUCAACAUGGUAAUCAAAUUGAAAUAGCUUAUGAUGGUUGUGUCUAUUCAUAGACCGAAUGCAAAUAGACAUGGCGAAUAAAUGUGUUUUAACUUGAAACCGAUUCUUUUGGUAAAUAAUUUACCGUUUUACGUUCUGAUUGGCAUUUGGCUGCUUUGCGUUUUGCUCUAUACAAUUAUCAUUUUUACUGGAAGAAGUUUACCAUGCAUGUUAUAUAACGUUAUCAUGCCAAUUCAGUUACGCGCAGAUUCAUCUAUGCGCGAUCUUUGUAUUUUUGAUCAAAUUCUAGAAGAUUUUGUUCGGCAGUAUGGGCUGCUGGAUCACCUGCGAGGAGAGUUCUUCGACGAGACGAAAAGUGAGUUGCAAUGGGGCUCAGUUGACGAGGCCGUAGCUGGCGACAACCACUACUUCGACAUCCUACUAUUUAAAGGAAAUCGCAAGCCGUUAAACUUGGAAUUGGAGCCAGACAGUGAACUGGUUCUGGAACAGGAACGUCUUGUGGGGUCUGAAGAAGAAAACGAAGACGAUCGCAACCAGUCGCCUAUUUCGGAGGACCCUCUGGCAACAUACACAACAUACGAUAGCAAAGCAAAGACGCUCGCUAGAAGCGAUUCCGAGAUACUUCGCACGGCGGGAAUAACAGUCAACGUUCUGAUCGAGUUCCAAGACACUGGCGAGCACGUGCGAUUCGUGCAGGAACUUGCUCCGGAGGGAUUCACCAACGUUAUUCGAUACUCAUUCCGACCCAAAAGGGCAGGAGAAUACUCAAUCACAGUGCUAGUUAACAGACACAACAUCAAUGGCAGCAGACCUCAUACGCUACAGGUAGUGCCAGGUGAAGUGUGUUGUGGCAAUGUGAGGAGGACUGACGACUGUUCGGUCGUGUUGGCUGAACUUCUCAGUGAAGUUGUGUGCGAAGUGGAGCUGAGAGACAGACUGGACAAUGUGUGUUCCAACUACGAGCCAAUCCCUCUCCAGAUGGACGUCGAGUUCCAGGUCACUGCCCAACAGACUGAUACAGAUGACCCUUCUAGUGGCGAAGAGUUUUCGCCUGUGUUCUACAUAUCGAAGUGUGAAAAGCCAGGCUGUUGCACACUCAACAUCCUCCUUCAACAAGCAGGUUGCUUCAGAAUCACAGUCAAGUUUCAGAAGCAUGUCAUUCAGAACGGGUUAUUCCAGAUUAUUUUUCUAAACGACGACGAGAAGUCCAAAGUGGAUUCGAUUUGUGACUCCUCGCGAAGUUCCUACACUUAUUUCAAGGCCGCUUUGAUCUCGUCAUCCCUCACAGAUCUGACCUCAACUUCAAUAGCAUCAUCAGCAGGAGAGGAAGCAGGAGACUCCCAUUCUGCUCGACCAACAGUGCCUGUGAAGACGACAGAGGUGUACUGUCACUUCACCAGUAGAUAUCUAGUAGUGGCCAAAUACAAGUGGCUCAUGUUCAGGAAAGUCCAAGCGCAGUUUAGACUCACGCCUUCUACCAAGAUGGAGUUCCUGUACCAGCCGACCUCAGACUCCGACCCAAUAGUGUCUCUGCCUGCCUCUCAGAGAUCUCACAAAAAGGAGUCCCAGUCACAACAGAAAUCAUUUCUUCACAUAGAAGAUGGGAUCCAACUGCCUGUUAAUAUGUACUGUCAGGACAGAAAUGUACUCGCCGCAUGCUUUGUACGCAAAAUGCUCAAAAAUAUUGGUGGCAGUGAAUCGUUCAAGGACAAGAGGGAGCACUUCAAGAAGAGUCUUGAGCAGCACUGUCACAGGAACGAAUACCACACGGGUCAGUCCACCUCCAUGGCCAUAACAGUGAAGAGAGACACUCUAGUGGACUCCAGUAUGAGUGCACUCAGUCGAAAGGAUUACUGGUCGAAGCUACUAGUCAUCACGUUCCAAGGCGAACAAGGUCAGGACUGUGGUGGCGUGCGCCGAGAGUGGCUCUCUGUGCUGUGUGCGGAGUUGUUUGGACACCAGAUGGGACUAUUCGGGAAAUUAUGCCCUGACGAUCCUAAUUCACCUCUGCACCCAGUUGGUGGUCUGUCCCGUUCUUCUUGGAAGUACAUGGAGUUUGCGGGCAAGGUGUUGGCCAAGAGUCUCCUCGAGUCCACAAUCUGCCCCCAGGCCAGUCAGGCCUCCCUGCCAGCCAGACUUACAAAGUCAUUCAUUGCUCAGAUCAUGGGACUGCGCGUCAACAUAUCACACCUGGAAGUGGAUGAGCCGGAGCUGUACAGACAGAAGGUGCAGUACAUUCUAGAAAAUGACGUCACUGACCUGGAACUGACCUUCUCUGAAGAGGACUACGACCCCAACAGGACUCCCAGCACCAUUGUGCACAAUCUGAUCCCUCGUGGCAGUUCCAUUGCAGUGACGAACGAGAACAAGAAACUGUAUCUGGACAAACUGGUCCAGUUCAAACUAGUCUCAAAUACAAAAACUGAAGUGGACGAGUUCAGGAAGGGUUUCGAGUCGGUUGUUCCCACUGAUUAUCUGGCCAUGUUCAGUGAGAACGAGGUGGAGUUGAUGCUGUGUGGAGUGUCACAGAUCAGUGUGGCCGACUUCCAAGCUCACUGCACCACACCAACCACCAACACUUUCACACACACCACAACCACUUCAACUAACGCCAAAUUCAACACGGUGCUGCAGUGGUUCUGGACUCUGGUGGAAAGUAUGACUCAGGAAGAGUUGGGUAAGCUGCUCCAGUUCAUCACAGGCUCCUGCAGACUUCCUGUCGGGGGUUUCCGGGAACUGCAACCUCACAUAGAGAUCAAACAGAAUUUUUCAGCACCGUGCGAUCACAUGCCAGUAGCGCACACGUGUUUCAACCGCCUUCUACUUCCGACCUACUCUUCUAAUCAGACUAUGCACAAGAUGGUGCUGCUCGCUCUCAACGAGGGAUCCGCUGGAUUCGGGCUAUCUUGAACGUUUCAUUGUAACAAAACUCAAUAUCACUUAAUAUCACUUUUUAUCGUAGAUUAUGUAAUUCAAAUCAAAUAUUCGAUCCUUUUAGAAGAAUUAAAUUCUCUGGUAGAAAAUGAAUAA